AUGAGUAAAGAAGAGUUCUUGAAGAUUCAGACUUGUGUUCUUAAAGUCAAUAUACACUGUGAUGGGUGUAAGCAGAAAGUGAAGAGAAUCUUGCAGAAAAUUGAUGGGGUUUAUACUAUAAAGAUAGAUUCAGAGCAGGGGAAGGUCACGGUUUCAGGGAAUGUUGACCCAGCAACACUUAUCAAGAAGCUUGCUAAGAGUGGGAAACAUGCGGAGAUAUGGGGUGCACCCAAGCCCAGCAACAACAAUAACCAGAAUCAGUUCAAGAAUAUGCAAAUUGACAAUGCAAAAGGUGGGAAUAACAAGGGGCAGGGUGGUCAAAAGGGGGGUGGUAACAGCCAGCCAAAAGGUGUUCCACAGGGUGGUGGUCAAAACCCACAGCUUCAGCAACUUCAGCAGCUUCAACAAAUGAAAGGAUUUCCAGAUCUGAAAUUGCCACCUAAUUUUAUGAAUGCUAUGAAAAUGCCCCUCAAUAACAAGGACCAGAAUCCCAAAUCUGUCAAGUUCAACUUGCCUGAGGAUGAAGGUUUGACUGAUGAUGAGUUUGAUGAUGAAUUUGAUGACGACUUUGAUGAUGAUGAGUUUGAUGGUGAAGCUAUUGAGCCUGUGAAGAAGCCCUUCAUGGGCAAUGGUCAUGGGGCUGCCCAGAUGCCUAACAUGAUGAAUAAUAUGAUGAUGAAGGGUGGGGCACCUAAUGGUGGUGGUAAUAAUGGAGGAAAUGGUGGUAAUGGGAAAAAGGGGGGUGGUGGUGGAGGAAAUAUACCGAAUAUGGGUGGGGGUAACCAGAACCAAGGUGGUGGAAAGGGUGGCAAGAACGGUGGUGGUAACCAAAAUCAAGGUGGUGGAAAGGGUGGCAAGAAUGGUGGUGGGCAACCAAAUGGAGGUGGAAAUGGUCAAAGUAAGAACGGUAAUAAUGGCAAUGGCGGUGGUGGUGCUGCAAAUGGUAACAACACUAAUGCUAAUGUGGCCAAGAAAGGUGGAAUGAAUGAUGGAGUUCAUGGCAUGCCUAACAUUAUGGGUAUGAAUGCGGCUGGCAGUGUGGGCCAGAUGGGGAAUAUGCCCGUGGGCCAAAUGGGCCAGAUAGGUAAUUUAUCAGCCGUCCCGGGCCUACCGGCUUCGAUGGGUGGUGGUGGUGGAGCUCCUGCGGCCGCAGGAUACUUCCAAGGUGCUGGCCCUGAGAUGAUGGCCGGCAAUCCCCACUACCAACAACAAUUGGCUGCAAUGAUGAUGAACCAGCAACGAGCCAAUGGAAAUGAGAGGUUUCAGCCAAUGAUGUAUGCCCGGCCUCCACCUGCGGUCAAUUACAUGCCUCCAUAUCAACCACCUUACCCUUACCAGUAUCAGUACCCUUAUCCCCCUCCCCCAGGCGAUCGGGCUGAGCAAUACUCGAUGUUUAGCGAUGAAAACACAUCAAGCUGCAAUGUGAUGUGA